AUUAUUACUAUUUUAGGUGGUACAGAUAUCAUAUCUUGUUUUGCUGGUCAGAACCCGACCCUCCCAGUACACAGAGGGGAGAUACAGUACAGGAACAUUGGAAUGGCAGUUGAAUGCUGGGACAGAAAUGGUAAGCCUGUUUAUGAUGAGAGUGGUGAGUUGGUGUGUACUAAACCUUUUCCUUCAAUGCCGACUCAUUUUUGGAACGACGAGGACUCUAUCAGAUACCAAAAAUCAUACUUCUCAGUUUAUUCAGGUGUGUGGGCUCAUGGUGAUUUUUGUAAGAUUAGUUCAAGAACUGGUGGGAUUGUAAUGCUGGGGAGGAGUGAUGGAACGCUCAAUCCUAGUGGCGUGAGGUUUGGAAGUGCCGAGAUUUAUAACAUCAUUGAGAAGUUUGAUGAAGUAAAGGACAGUUUAUGUGUCGGGCAAUUGAUUGGAUCUGAUGAGCGAGUGAUUCUCUUUAUUAAAAUGAACCCUGGCUAUACUUUUAAUGAUGAGUUUGUUAAGAAAGUAAAGACGUUCAUUAGAGGAGAGUUAUCUGCACGACAUGUUCCAGCUAUCGUUUUAGAAACUAGCGAUAUACCAUAUACAAUGAAUGGGAAGAAAGUUGAAGUUGCUGUCAAGAAGAUUCUCUCUGGGGAAGAAGUGAAGGAGAGGGGAGCACUAUCUAAUCCUGAGUCUCUUGAUCUUUAUUAUAACAUACCGCAACUUAUUAUUAAAUAAAUAUAUUUAUAUAUUCGUAUUAGAGAUCUAUUAUCAUUGCUAUUGCUACAUAAACAGGUUUUAUUAUUCUUUCAUAUAAAUAAUUAGUAAAAGCUCAGUAAACUAGCUA